UGCACUUAUCAAGGCUUUCGCUCUUUAUUCGUGUUUUCCUGCUGGACUAAAUGCUAAGUUACAGAAGCUAUGGAGUCCCAUGAGGAGAAACCCAUCAUUUACACCAUGGAGAACAAGCCCAUAGUGACCUGUGCUGGGGACCAGAACCUCUUUACUGCUCUUUAUAGCUUACUGGCCCAGCAGCUUCCCAGGGAGCCGAUGGAAUGGAGAAGGUCUUACGGUCGAGCACCAAAGAUGAUCCACCUAGAAGCAAACUUGGUUCAGUUCAAAGAGGAGCUGCUUCCUAAAGAGGGAAACAAAGCUCUGCUCACAUUUCCCUUCCUGCACAUUUACUGGACUGACUGCUGCGACACAGAGACAUACAAGUCCUCUGUAAAGGAGGACAUGCAGCGGUGGCAGAGCACGCUGCGGCAGCAUGGAUCGGUCGACUGGCUUAUCGUGGUGGUGGAGAAUGAUGGCAAGAAAAAGAACAAGACCAACAUCCUGCCCCGUACCUCCAUCAUGGACAAGAUCCGCAACGAUUUCUGCAACAAGCAGAGCGACAGGUGUGUUUCUCUCUCUGACCCUCUGAAGGACUCAUCUCGUUCUCAGGAAUCAUGGAACUCAUUUUUGACAAAGCUGCGCACUUUGCUUCUUAUGUCCUUUACCAAAAACCUGGGCCGCUUUGAGGACGACAUGCGCACUAUGCGUGAAAAACGAACUGAGCCGGGCUGGAGCUUCUGUGAUUACUUUAUGGUCCAGGAGGAGUUGGCAUUUGUGUUUGAAAUGCUGCAGCAGUACGAAGACGCUCUGGUCCAGUAUGAUGAGCUGGAUGCUCUCUUCACUCAGUAUGUUCUUAACUUCGGCGCUGGAGAUGGAGCAAACUGGCUUGGCUCAUUUUGCCAGGCGGUGCGGAACUGGAAUGGGCUACUUCUGCGCCGACCCAUAGACAUGGAGAAAAGGGAGCUGAUCCAGCGUAGCGAGGCCAGUCUGUUGGACCUGCGCAGCUACCUCUUCUCCCGCCAGUGCACUCUGCUCAUUUUCCUGCAAAGGCCGUGGGAGGUUACACAGAGAGCACUGGAGCUUCUGCACAACUGUGUACAGGAGCUUCGUCUGCUUGAGGUCUCAGUCCCUCAGGGGGCUCUGGACUGCUGGGUGUUUCUCAGCUGUCUGGAGGUGCUGCACAGAAUUGAGGGGUGUUGCGAUCGUACCCAGCUGGAGGCCAACUUCUCUCACACUGUGGGUCUCUGGACAUAUGCUACUGAGAAGCUGAAGUCUCUGGGCUGCAUGUGUGGUUUGGUGUCAGAGAACGGUCCCAACUCUGAGGAGCUGAACCGCACCGUGGAUCUGCUAGCAGGCCUCGGCCCAGAAAGACCAGAGACAGCCAACAGUCCCCAGAGCCCAUAUAAAAAACUCAAAGAAGCCUUAUCAUCGGUGGAAGCUUUUGAAAAACACUAUUUGGAGUUGUCCCAUGCUGCUUUGGAGAUGUACAGAGCCAUCGGGAGGCUGCGUUCAGCUCGGUUGGUGGGGAAGAGCCUUGCUGAGUUCUACAUGAGGAAAGGUGAUGCCCAGACAGCAAAGACUUUCCUGCAGGACUCUUUGAAAUCCUACACAACGGAAGGCUGGAGUCUGCCGCUCACACAUACGCGCAAGCAAAUUGCAGAAUGUUUGAAACAGCUACAGCAGACUGAAGACUACCUGCAGACAAGCGCUCUACUCGCCAGCGACACCAAUCUGACAGAUGAGGAGAGGAAGCACUUUUGCCAGGAGGUCCUCACCUUCGCCAACAAGUCCCCAGAGGCCAAAGACCAGCGAGUGACUCUAAGCAUGACUGCAUUUGCUCAGCUAAAGGAGUUGCGGUUCCUUCCGGCUGCUGCGACUGUGCACGUGGGUGCUACCCUGCAGCUGGAGUUGCAUCUGUGCAGCCAAAUGCCUGUUCCCAUGUGCCUGGAGCAACUGGCUGCCAGUGUCCACUUUUUACAUGAACAGCCAGGCACACGUUCUGGCCCCACAGGCUCCCAGUGGCGCCAGGGUCCCAGCCCAGAUGGUGUAAUGACUUUUCCUUUCUUGAGUCACCUUAGUGGGGCAGCACCAGGCACAUCCAUGCCUGCACUGGAGCUUCAUGAAAUGCACGACCGCAGUCCCACAGACAACACACUUACCUCCACCAGCAUGGUCUGUAAAAAUGUGCACAUGGUGCUGCGAGGUAGUGAGGGCUCUUUUCCUUUGGAUACGUCCAGUGCCACAGGCUCUGCCUUUAACAUGGAGGCUGGAAUGCAGAUGCUAAAGACCAAAGACGUGACACUCCAGCCUGGCAACAAUAGCAUCCUUUUUAAUGCACCGACUACACAAGCAGGAACCUACACUCUGCGGCAGUUGUGUGCUACAGUGGGUCGGGUGCAGUUUGUGCUGCCUCAUAUUUACCCUAUAGUGCAGUACGAGGUCUACUCUCAGGAACCUCAACUGACCAUUGAGCCCCUCACAGAGAGCCUGCUGGCUGGGCUCCCUCAGCAGGUGAAGUUCACUAUUGUAACGGGCCACUACGAGAUUAAAAAGGGUGACGCUCUACAGCUAAGCAACACUGAUUCCAUGCCCAUCCUGCACUCUUCCUCCUGCUCUGCCCGCAUCCUUUCCAGCACUGGAGAGCUGGUGGGAGAUGCUGCUUUGUCUAUCCAGGCCUCACAGAAGGUGACAAGCAUCUCUCUGCCUCUGAUUCCACCCUACCAUACUCUGGAGUUCCAGCUAGAGGUGCUGUGCCAUAUUCCAUCAUCUCUGGGGCGGCCCGAGAGCGAACGUCUCACCAAUGGGGAGAUCCGUCACCGGCCAAAGAAUCGUACACGCUACAACAGUGGCAUGGUUACCAUUGACCAAAAGAUUUCCGUUGACUGUCCCUGGUCUAUAUAUUCUAUCCUCUUAUCACUCACGUUCUACACUCCCUUCAGAGCCAAACACUCGUUACUGUCAGCUGGAAAAAGGAAGUACGUCCAGGUGUGCCUCGAAAAUGUUUCAAACACAAACUUCCGAAUCGCCAACCAAACCCUGUCAGUGCAUCAGCACACCCCUUCAUUGGAGUUGCUUUCUCUCAAUGCUAAAGCUCACCAGUUGGUGUACAGUAGGCAGUCUAUAUUCAGUCUGUGGGAGGUGAAGUGGAACACUGAGCCACCGCUGUGUUUGCAGUGUAUAUUUUCAGCCAGCUUCUCUCCUGCCGAUGCUCCAGAUACAGCACUCAAACCCUACAGCUACGAGUUCCAGCUAGAGAGUGUGACGACAACUUACAGUGUAACGGCAGACAUCCAACCUGCUGUGGGAGAGCAGCACUGUCAUGCUGGUGCCCUCUGUCGGCUGGAAGUGUCAAUUACACGUCUGACUGAGCCAAAUGAGGCGGAGAGAGAGGAUGAGGAGUUAACGGAGAGCGAAGGCCUCAGAACGACCAGGCUCAUGUAUGAGGUGGUGGAUAACAGCAGUAACUGGGCGGUGUGUGGGAAGAGUUCGGGGUUGGUAUCCAUGCCCAUGGCUGCCAUGGCUACUCACAAAGUUCAGAUGGAAGUCAUGCCUCUGUUUGCGGGCAAGCUGCCCUUUCCCAGCAUCCGAGUGUUUAAGUACCUGCCCCACACUGCGCAACCCCCAAGCCAGUCUGACACAGAUUCCUGCUUGGAGAACGACAACCUGUCCCUGUUGGAUAAAGGUUUGGAGGAUCAGGCUGACACGGCGAGCCUGCGCAGUCGAGGCAGCGUUCACUCGGUGGGCAGCAACGCAGAGCAGCCCCAGAGGUCUGUACCUAUACCUCGUCUGGAGCCCUUCAGCUCAGGCCAGGUGUUUAACUGCAGCCAGGCACGCCAGGUUCUGGUGCUGCCCAGCACGGACGACCACGUGGUAGAGGUCAAUGUCACAUGACACCCAUGGAAAGCCCCAGCCCGCCUGGUCCUGGACCCUACUUCCUGCUAGUGGACAGGGGAUGGGCUGAGAGAGGGGCUCUGACACGGGCAAAACGUUCUCUGCACUGGCGUAGGGUGUCUGCCCGGCCUGAUAUACACAGAAACACGAACCCAUGGCUGGAGCCUGAGAAUGCACCUACUGUCUUAGGGUUUUGGUUUAUUUCUUUUGUUUCCACUGCUUUUUCUUUGGAUCAUUCUGGAGCUUGGGCUUCCCAUCAUCCUUUGCUGCAGCUCAUCUUUUUAAAAAGACUUCCUGUAGAGGGAGUUUUCAUUACUCUACCUGUGACGAAGGUCACACCCGCUGAGUUAACACAUACACAUGUUUGAAGAAGGGAUGACAGAUAUUGUAAUUAUGAAUGUGGAAAUAACUGUGUAUAAGGGUUUUUGUGUUUGUUUUUAGUUUACCGUGUUUGGUUUUUGACCCAGGCUCACAUGCAUGUAUGCGCUCUGAAACAUGACCAUGACAAACUGAUUAUUGACACAGGGACCCUAUAAGAAUGCAAACAUGAAGUCCUGCUGAUACUGCUUCAGAUUACCCUGCUCGAUCAUGCUGCUUUAACGGUUUUGGUGUGGCGUGUGUGCAUGCACAUGCCAGGAACAAGGUAGCAUUAGCAUUUGUAGAAGUUGUUAAGGCAAUCCUUCAGUCCCGGUACAUACAGUUUACAACAUUUGUAUUACUGACUGAUUACUUGCUAUUAAUGAUUGUACAGGCUGCACCUGUACAGAGAUGAGUUACUGUGAGCAGGAGUUACUAAAUCUGAGGAAAGCCUUUGGCACAUGCUGUAAUCUUGUCUGUGGGAAUGUUGUUGCAAAAGUUGGCUAUAAAUUCUGUUGAAAUGGGGUGCAGGCUACGCCCAUAGGCUUUCUGAAACCUGACAGUUCAGACAUCACAAAAUCUAAAAUGCAGGUAAAACAUAUUGGUUAACUUUGAAUAUAUGCACUUAAUCUUCGAGAUGAAUGUUUAAAAAAAUAGGCUUACCAUUUGAUUCCGUUUCUUUUUGAGGUGUUUCCAUGCACUGGUGUACUUUUGCAUUCUCUCAUAGCUAAAAGUGCAAUGUUUAGUUUUGGUUUAAGCCUGUUCAUACUG